CGAGGGUUGAAAACGUGAGACUAUAUGUUUGGUUUGGUAGGAGCUCAUUUGGUGUUGUCCGCAAGCAAAACCACCUCAUAUCAUGUAAGAAGAAGUGGGGCUGACGGGACAUGUACCUGACGAGGCAAACCAUGAUGAUGAUAGUACUACUCUCUGCGUGCGACUUGAACACGUUUCGCCUGGAAAUUGCUAAAACCAAACGAGAAAAAGAACCAAAUCCGGCCUCGUUAAUCACUUUAUAUAAGCGAUGCCGAAUUCACUUCACUCCAUUCGCGAACUAGACAUCUCUUCCUCGAAUCGUCCGUCUCCCUGCUAGGGUUCGCUCUCGCUCUCACAUACUUCUCCGUUUCCCUCACCAUGAAGACCGGGUUUCUGGUGAUUCCGAUCAUAUCAGCCGCGGUGCUGCUCUGCAUUCAGGUGUGCCUUGGCGCCUCGUACUCCACCAAGCUCAUUCACCGCUUCUCUGAAGAAGCGCGUUCCGCUCUGGCGGCUAAGGGGAGACAAGCGCCGUUGCCGGAGCGUGAAAGCUUGGAGCAAGCGAGGUUGCUUCUCACCAGCGACUUCAAGCGUCAGCAGCGACUGAAACUUCAGAAACAGCUCUUUGUUCCUUCUGAAGGAGGCCAGACUUUUGACUUCGGCAACGAAUUGAGCUGGUUGCAUUAUGCAUGGAUUGAUAUUGGUACACCAAAUGUUUCAUUUCUUGUUGCGUUAGAUGCUGGAAGUGAUUUGCUUUGGGUUCCUUGUGACUGUAUACAGUGUGCUCCAUUGUCUUCAAGCUAUUACAAUGUUUUGGAUAGAGAUAUGAACGAGUACAGUCCAUCCCGAUCCAGCUCCAGCAAGUACCUUCCUUGCAGCCAUCAACUAUGUGAACUUAGCCUUGAUUGCAAAAGCUCUAAGGAGCACUGUCCGUACAUGGCUAACUAUACAUCAGACGGUACAUCAAGUUCAGGAUUUCUUGUUGAGGAUAAGUUGCAUUUGAUCUCAACCGGUGAACAUUUGCAUCAAGCCUCUGCUCUUCCGCAGAUUAUAAUAGGCUGUGGAAACAAACAGACUGGUGGCUAUUUGGAUGGGGCAGCUCCAGAUGGUGUUUUGGGAUUGGGACCUGGAAAGAUCUCAGUUCCAAGCCAGCUAGCAACUUCUGGAUUGGUCCCACAUUCAUUUUCUUUUUGUUUCGACAAGAGCCAUUCUGGCAGCCUUUUCUUUGGUGAUCAAGGGCCUGGAAGCCAAAGAUUUACUCCCUUUUUGCCACUUGAAGGGAAUUAUAAUGCAUACAUUGUGGAGGCAGAAUACUAUUGUCUUGCGGGCUCAUGUUUAAAACAAUCUGGGUUUAAGGCACAGGUUGAUAGUGGUACAUCUUUUACCUUCCUACCUUCUGAGAUCUAUCAGAAAGUUGUUAAUAAGUUUGAUGAACUGAUGAAUGAUACUGGGUCUCCCAUAGAUGUCUUUCCCUACUGCUACAAGGCUCGUUCACAGGGUUUACCGAACUUUCCCAGUAUGAAGCUCAUCUUUCCUAACAACCAAACCUUUGUGGUUCAGAAUCCCAUGUUUCCUGUUCCCAACUCUCAGGGAGACAAAUUUUACUGUUUGGGUAUACAAGAAACAGAGGGGGCUUAUGGACUUAUCGGACAAAACUUUAUGACUGGAUACAGGAUGGUAUUUGAUUGGGAGAACUUGAAGCUGGGCUGGUCGGCUUCUAAUUGUCGAGAGGCAGAUAAGGCAGCUGCCAUAACGCCUCCACAGAGUGGGGUGUUGGAAAAUCCAUUGCCGACAGAUCAACGGCAGAGAAAUCCUUUUGGUAUUGCAUUUCCUCCUGCCACCGCGAGUAGGACUCCUCCAACAUCACCAUCAUCUGCAGCAUUGCUUUCCAUUGAAAGCCAGCAUUGUAUUAUGAUUCUCCUGGUGCUCCAUUUAUUCAUUUCUUUUUGACAUAUAUCUUUAGUGUAUUUAUUUAUUUGUAAAUUCAUCGUUUCUUUAGGGAAGCCUUCUCCUUCUUAAUAUCAAGACUUGUGGUCCAUUUCUUCGGAGUCAUAAGGUGUUCUAGAGUGUUAGUUUUUGGUGCACCUCAUUUGUGUUUAGAGAAUUUAAAUUUACAUCGGAGAAUCUCCGGUAACCCAAUUUUAGAGGUCUCAAUCGAAGGUUUUCCAAAUUGAAGUUUUUUCCAUUCAUUAUUAGUUUUAAUAAUUUCACCAAGGUCGUCUUCAAUCCAAAA